AAAAAAUUAAGAUGUUAGUUGUCAAUAUAUAUCAUAGCGAUGUUUUUUUGGUUACUCAAGACGUUGAGAAAUAUGUAUGGGAAGAUAUAAGUCCAAAAAUUACAUUCUUUAAAGUUCAAUCUACAAACAAUGAGGUUGAAAAUGAAAUUGUGGUAAAUCAUGAAAAUCUCUCACAUUACAUAUGUUAUACUUCCCAUAAGAUUGAUUGGAGCAACACAAGAAUUGUAAAAGCUGCAACUAACAAGAUUAAUUUUCUCGCUUUGACUGACGAUGGCAAAAUAUAUUACACACAAAAUUCGAUCAAAGAUGAAGAAAAACAAUGCAGUAUACAUCAAAUGAAUAUACGUGAAAUGAAUAUCAAAGAGAAGAUUACAUGCAUGAGUUGCGGAUCUAAUUUUUAUGUGGUAGCUACGAACCGCCAUAUGUUCUUUUGGGGUUAUAUAUGUGAAAUGGGGAAUUCUUUUGAUAGUGAUGACGCGAUGAUGGAAUGGACUAAACCACGGUUUACAUUUGAGCCACAUAAAAUAUCCACAUUUGCAUUCAAAACAAUUGUCAAGAUAGCUUGUGGGAUUGAUUACACACUUGCUCUAACUGAUCAAGGGAAACUCUACGGCUGGGGAGGUUACUUUUUCAAAACUUGCACCGAUUAUGACACAUACUAUGAUGUAAUCUAUCCGCACCCGGUGGAUAUAAUUAAUGUACGAAACCUAUCAGACAUCGCCGUCAUUGAUUACACUAAUUUUGUCAAGUCUAGCAAGGAUGGACUUGUGUACGCAUGGGGUUUCAUUUUUCGCAGAAACUAUAAAAAACCAGCUGUUUGUGAAUAUACGAACGCGUUUGACAUAUCCAACUCGAUGACAGCUCAUUCACCGGUGUCCGUGGCCGGUGAAUUCAUAAAUGAAGAAUUUCACAUAUUAAAUGACUUGGAAACUGCAUUCAACGAUCAGUCAACAAGUGAUCUCACGAUAAUGGUCGAAAAACAAUCAAUUUAUGUUCACAAAGUUAUCCUGAAGAUUCGUUCCACAUAUUUUAGAACUAUGUUCCAAUGUAAUGAUGUUGAAAAUAGACAAAGUGUCAUCGUGAAUAAUUAUUAUAGAUGCAUUAUGCGAGAAAAAUCUCCAGACGGAUUGUAUAAGAAAAAUAAAAAAAACAAUUAACGUAUCGAACGUCACGUAUCUUUUUAACCUUAUCAACGAUAUGAACGAACGACAUCACAAGGAGGAAUUGAUGAAAUAUUGCUUCAACUUCUAUUUUAAAAACAUGGCGGCUGUAAUCCGGACAGACGGAUUUGAAGAAUUGGAUGUCGAAACAAAGGCUAUGUUAACAGAUAAAGGGUAUACCUUUUUGUCAUCAGAAAUUAGUAGAUCUGGUUAUUUAGAAUAAUAUAUUUCUUAGUUUAGAGGAAAAAAGAAUAUAAUGGACUGUUCUGUGAAAACGAUUUACUCUCAUAAU